UCAAAUUUAUGCAUGCAGAUUUAUGAUAUUAAAAUUACAGUAUGUUAUUUCUUCGUCCUAUGGUCAAUUAAGGUCAUAUGACAAAACCUUCUCGUACCAGGAAGAUCAAACAUUCAAAUCUGAAGUUCACAGAACAAUUGCGUUCCUUCUCAAAAGAUAGAAGAGAAAUAUAUUAUUGAACAUGAGUCGACUUUGCUGUCCCUUUCUUGCCCGUCAAUCGAUGACAAAGCUUCGUGCCAAGAGCUCUCUGUUUAUGAAGUAUGCUCCGAAGUGUCCGUUUAUGUCGCGGGUCUUGAAUUCGGUUCACUCGGCGAAUCAUCUACACUCGUCAGCUGUUUAUAGGAAUGAUUCUGACGGAGGAAACUCAUUUGACAAGUGUCCAUUUCUGAUGGAUUCUGGUCUGAAAGUUCAACAACCUGAUGAGGCUGUACUUAAAGACAUUGUCGUAGAGAAAAGUGAUAGCGGACUGUUUCAGGUUGCUGGGGAAAAUACUAACAAAGGUGUAGCAAAAUGCCCAUUUUCUUCUUCAUCAAGUGGAAAUUCUCCAUCUGAAAAACCUGUGUUUAACUAUGAGAAUUUCUUCGAUAAGAAGAUUAUGGCAAAGAAGGACGACCAGUCUUAUCGCGUGUUCAACAAAGUAAAUCGCCUGGCAAAGAAAUUUCCUUACGGACGCGCAUUUAGUCAUGGAAAAAAUGGGGAUGAGAUUUCCGUUUGGUGCAGUAAUGAUUAUCUUGGUAUUGGACAUCAUCCCAAAGUUAUGCAAUCUGUUAGAGAUACUAUGGAGGAGUACGGUGUAGGUGCAGGUGGAACUCGUAAUAUUUCUGGUAACAGCAAGUAUCAUGCAAUGUUGGAAGAACGACUUGCACGACUGCAUCAGAAAGAGGCUGGCUUAAUUUUUACUUCAUGUUAUGUUGCCAAUGACACAACCUUGUACACGUGGAAACUUUUGCCGGGUUGCCAUAUUUUUUCUGACGCUGGCAAUCACGCGUCGAUGAUCCAAGGGAUCCGCAACUGCGGGGCACCCAAACAUGUUUUCAGGCAUAACGAUCCGGAGCAUUUGGAAGAACUACUGAGGAAAGUCGACCCCAAGGUUCCAAAAAUCGUCGCGUUUGAAACUGUCCACUCGAUGGAUGGUUCGAUUUGCCCACUUGAAGAACUUUGUGACGUUGCUCGAAAAUAUGGUGCGUUGACCUUUGUUGAUGAGGUUCACGCCGUUGGUAUGUACGGUGAUCAUGGUGCUGGAGUUGGCGAACAACGGGGGCUUCUCGACCGCAUGGAUAUUAUUACGGGAACUCUCGGUAAAGCGUUUGGUCUUAUUGGUGGUUACAUUGUUGGCUCGGCAAAGCUUGUCGACACUGUUCGAAGUUAUGGAUCCGGCUUUAUUUUCACUACGUCGCUUCCUCCGAUGAUAGUCCGAGCAGCAAUCACGUCUAUCGACGUUCUAGCCGGUGACGAUGGUGUCAAAUUGCGGGAAUUACAUCAAAAAAACACCAAGCAGUUACGCAAUCGUAUUAUACAAGCUGGAAUCCCUGUAAUUUACGCGCCUAGCCAUAUCAUCCCCGUUCAUGUUGGCAACCCGGAGAAAUGCACUCAAGUCUCUAACGACCUCAUGAAGCAUUACAAUAUCUACGUGCAGGCGAUAAACUAUCCAACAGUUGCACGGGGUGAAGAGCGCCUGCGCAUUGCACCAACUCCGCAUCACACCCCGGAAAUGAUGGACGAGUUUGUGGAUUCGCUAGUUAAUAUCUGGAAAGCGAACGACCUGCCGUUUGUCUGGCCUGUGUGCAACAAUGAUUGUGGAUGUCAGGCGCAUUGUGACUCCGCCAAACAACGUGGCCUCAUUUCUCAGCAUUACUCUUUACCUUUAGCUGCUUGCGCUUGAAUUUUACAGACUUUGUCAUUUCCACUAAUAUCUCAUUUUAAUAAUGUACAAUUUAAUUUUAUCUUCAUGGAACCAUUUAUGUAAUAGACUGCAGCAUAUGAAAUAAAUUUUAGAAUACCAAA